AUGCAGCAAGGACAACUCUCUGUCUGUGUAACUUCACAUUGGGCGCAGACCAUGUCCUUCAAGCUCUUGGCUGUGUUUGCAGCCUUCAACACCUUGCAGGCGGCAAAGCUGGUGCCCAUCCCGAGCCAGCAGGACAGCAUCGUAAACAUGCUUGCCAACGUGCCAAAGUCGAGCGAGUCGAAGGCCAAGGCUAGCGAGAUGGAGCAGAUGGUCAUGUUGCUCGCGCAGCAGGCCAAGCUUGCAAGGAAGCAAUCGCAGGGCGCUGACGGCAACGUGACGGAGCUGGUCAAGCAGAUCAAAGAGGAGCUUGGUAAGAUGCAGGGGGAGGUUCUCAAUGCCGCUGGUGUGGCUGAAGCCGGCUGCAAGCAGGCCCUCGCGAACAUCUCUGUGGGAUGCCCUCUUUACUCCGGCAACACGACCUUCCUUCCCGAAGGCUUCACAGGUGACUUUGCCCCGCUCCGCUCUACGCAUGCUGCCUGCCGCGCGGAAAUCGUUGCCAAGAAGCAGGAGCUCGAUGCGUGCAAGACAAGUCGGGAGAGCCUCAUCUCUCUGGAACAGACACUUACGACGGAGUUCCAAGGCAUCAACAUCUUUGAAAGUCCGGAGGAGUGCGCCGUCAAGGGAGAGGACGUUCUGCUGUACCUGGGCUCCAUGCGCGACCACUUCAAGAACAAGCAGUUGACAUGGUGGAAAACGUACUACCACCUGGAAAACGUGACGCAGAACAUCACUCAGUGGAACUGCACAGACAAGGAGAUCGAGUAUUUCGAGAAGGUUGCGGAAUGCCAAGCUGCCCAGCUGGAGCUGGAAGAGACCGCCUGCCAGGUGCAUGAGAGGACCAACCAGUCCUGUGCUUCCCUCCCUGCCUGCUACAGUGCCAAGUGGACCAACUAUGAGAUGGAAGUGGCAGCCUCCAACAAGACUGUCCAGGACCUGAAGUUUGAGUACAAGGCCAUCCAGCGAAUCAUGUGCCUGUUGGAUGCUUUCUCAGCGACGGACAUGGAUGCAGCGAUCGAUGCCUGCAUCGCGGCGAGGCACUCAGCCGCGGCAGUCAGGAGCAGCUGCGUGGAUAGCCAUGCAGGCAUCGAGAAGCCAAGCUUCACCACGCCGGAGGUUUGCUCAGGAGUUCAGUCAAUCCUCCAUCCCUCGGACCCCAACUUCAACGAGACGGAGUACACUGCCAACGGCAUUCAGGCGAACAAGUGCCUGGCGUCCUGCUGCACGAUUGACUGGUACAGCUGGAGCAUCUACAACAACGCCUUCGUGACUCAAGAGCACUACAUGAUCGAUGCUGACACAGGCCACGUGGCAGCCUUCGGCACCAUGGAUGAGGCCAAAGCGGCUUGUGAGAUGAUGGGCUCGGUGCUGUGCUUUGGAAUCUACGACACCAAAUGCGACGGCGCGACCGAGGAGUCCCCAGUCAAGCUGAUCAAGGCACCUGGCCUGGACCUGGAGUCCGUCAAGGAAUCGAACAUUGGCAGCUGCGUCCUUCGCAUGAAGCUCGGCUCCGAAACGACUGUGACGACCACAAUCGCCCAAAUCUGCAGCUACGAGGUCAAUGUCUCGCGCACUGAUGUGGAUCCCUCUGCCGUCUGGAAGACCUAUCACGUGGACAAGCAGGAGUACGGUGAGGUGUUCAGAUUCAGUGGCUGUGCCGAUGCUGAGCUGGACGAGGCAGCUGAAUGCGUCGCCUCCGGCGUAGCCAAUGGCGUGCGGGUGCUGAAGAACAGGCAUGGACAGGCAGUUGGAACCGGUGUUUGCUGCGCAUCCGCCACCAACACCGUGCUCUCUACCAAGCCUACCCAAUGUGAUGGAUAUGCGGACAACUACACCAAGAUCGAGAACAAAUAUCUCACUUCGACGAAAUUGAUCCGCGGCACGACCUACAGCAACAUGGCCUCUGCUCGGGAAGCUUGCUUGCGCAUGGGUCACAAGUGCUGGGGCAUCUUCGACGACAAGUGCGACACAGUCAACCUGAUGUUGGUGGAUGGCUACCUCGAUGAUACUGAGAGCCACUUCCGUGACUCUUCUCAGUCGUCCUGCAUCUUCAAGAAGGAAGCAGCCUGA